AGAAAGAAAAGUGUACACACAACCAUGCAUAAUAUACCACAAACAAUGCAAAGAUCUCCAACUCCAUCUAUCAAUCACUCACUUCACAUCACCCCCCAAACCAUUUCAACACUCACAUCUUCUUCUUCUUCUUCAUCUCUUCUCAUUCUCACUCUCCUCUCAUUUCGUGCAUGUAAAUCACCACACAAACAACCACAUGGAUCGAUCCUCUUCACGCAGGGACGCCGGAUCAGGCCGUGCUUACGACGACAUGCAGACCAGCGAAAGCGACGGCAAAGGAAACAAGACGGACACCGGAGAAAUCGAAACAAUCGAGCGGAUCUUCGAGUGCAAAGAGGUUCCCACAUGGCAGAAACAGCUGACUGUUCGAGCGUUCGUCGUUAGUUUCAUUCUGGGAAUCUUGUUCACGUUCAUUGUCAUGAAGCUUAACCUAACCACCGGAAUUAUUCCGUCGCUUAACGUCUCUGCUGGACUGCUAGGGUUUUUUUUCGUCAAGACGUGGACCAAGUUCUUGAAUAAAUCCGGUAUGUUGAAGCAGCCGUUUACGCGGCAGGAGAAUACGGUCAUUCAGACGUGCGUCGUUGCAACCUCCGGGAUUGCGUUUUCCGGAGGGUUUGGUAGUUACCUCUUUGGCAUGAGUGAAGUCAUUGCCAAACAGUCAAACGAAGAUAACGCGGCCGAGAAUAUAAAGAACCCUUCUUUGGGUUGGUUGAUUGGUUUUCUGUUUGUUGUUAGCUUCCUUGGACUAUUUUCGGUUGUACCUCUUCGGAAGAUAAUGAUCAUCGACUUCAAACUAAUUUAUCCCAGUGGUACUGCGACCGCACACCUUAUCAACAGCUUCCAUACUCCUCAAGGAGCCAAGUUAGCUAAGAGACAAGUGAGAACUCUUGGGAAAUUCUUCACUUUCAGCUUCCUAUGGGGUUUAUUUCAAUGGUUCUUUACUGCAGGAGAAGGCUGUGGUUUCUCAAGCUUCCCUUCACUUGGCCUUAAAGCAUAUGAACACAAGUUUUACUUUGACUUCUCAGCGACUUACGUGGGCGUUGGCAUGAUCUGUCCCUAUCUGAUCAACAUAUCUUUGUUAGUCGGAGCAAUAAUUUCAUGGGGUUUGAUGUGGCCGCUCAUUGACCUAAAAAAGGGUGACUGGUACCCUGCAGACCUUGGACCGGGCAGCCUCCAUGGCAUACAAGGUUACCGGGUGUUCAUCGGCAUAGCAAUGAUCCUAGGUGACGGUCUCUACAACUUCUUCAAAGUCCUCGGCCACACAUUCCAUGGUCUAUACCGCCAAAUGAAAGGAAAAAAAUCCGAAUCCGAAAUACCCGUUAGCCGAAACUCCUCACCGGAACUCGCUUCCCUCUCCUUCGACGACCAGCGACGCACCCAACUCUUCCUGAAAGACCAAAUCCCCAUGUGGAUCGCCAUUGCAGGCUACCUUAUCAUUGCAGCAAUCUCCAUCUUCAUCCUCCCACACAUUUUCCACCAACUCAAACGCUACCACAUUGCAGUUAUCUACUUACUAGCUCCCACAUUAGCAUUUUGUAACGCCUACGGUUGCGGGUUAACAGACUGGUCUCUUGCCUCAACGUACGGGAAGCUCGCCAUCUUCAUAAUCGGAGCGUGGGCUGGAGGUGAAAACGGGGGUGUUCUAGCGGGUUUAGCCGCGUGUGGAGUCAUGAUGAACAUUGUAUCAACUGCUUCAGACCUUAUGCAGGAUUUUAAAACUGGGUACAUGACGUUAGCUAGCCCGCGGUCCAUGUUCGUAAGCCAGAUGAUCGGUACCGGUAUGGGUUGUAUCAUUUCGCCUUGUGUGUUUUGGCUUUUUUACAAUGCGUUUAACAACUUUGGUGUCCCGGGUUCGACUUACCCGGCUCCUUACGCGCUUAUUUAUCGCAACAUGGCGAUUUUGGGCGUGGAGGGGUUCGCGGCAUUGCCUAAACAUUGUCUGGCGUUAUGCUACGCGUUUUUCGCGCUCGCAAUUGUUAUAAAUGGGAUUCGGGAUUUGGUUGGGAAGGCGAAGGCGAAGUAUAUACCGAUACCGAUGGCGAUGGCGAUCCCGUUUUAUAUUGGAGGGUACUUUGCUAUUGAUAUGUGUGUUGGGAGUUUGAUAUUGUUUGUUUGGUCAAAGGUGAAUAAGCCGAAGGCGGCCGCGUUUGGGCCCGCGGUCGCCUCGGGUUUGAUUUGUGGUGAUGGGAUAUGGACGCUGCCGAGCUCGAUACUGGCUUUGGUGGGAGUGAGACCUCCUAUUUGCAUGAAGUUUCUUUCUAGGGGGGUUAACAUGAAGGUUGAUGAGUUUUUAGGUUCUUGAGAAUGAUUUUAUGGUUUUGGUUUGAUUUGGUUAAUUUAACGUUUAUGUUUAUGUUUCUAUGCAUGCAGUUAAGGAAUAGGUAAACAAUUGACGAUGCUACAUUAGUUGGUAUUAGCUA